ACUGGCGCUGGGGCACCGAGGCGAGCGGAGCCUAAUCCCGGGGGAGCGCGCUCUGCUGCAUGUGAUGAAAGUAUCUACUCUCAGGGAAAGCACAGCCAUGGCUUCCCCACUGCCCCAGGAGAUGGAGGAGGAGCUGGUGCCUGCUGGCUCCGAGCCAGGUGACCCUCCGGCCAAACCCCCUGUCAAGCCCAAACCCCGAGCUCUACCUGCCAAGCCAGCCCUGCCUGCCAAACCCAGCCUGCUGGUGCCUGUUGGGCCUCGGCCUCCCCGGGGUCCCUUGGCUGAGUUGCCUUCUGCCAGGAAGAUGAACAUGCUAGCAGGACCCCAGCCUUAUGGUGGCAGCAAGCGUCCCCUUCCCUUUGCACCAAGGCCUACAGCCGAGGCCCCUGCUGGAGGAGAAGCCACCCAAGAGACUGAGAAAGAGGAGCUGCCCCCUUUGACACCUCCAGCUCGAUGUGCUGCCCCAGGGGGUGUGCGAAAGGCCCCUGCUCCUUUCCGUCCAGCCUCAGAGCGCUUUGCAGCCACCACAGUGGAAGAGAUCCUGGCGAAGAUGGAACAGCCUCGAAAGGAUAUCCCUGCUAGCCCUGACCGCCUCUGGGGCUCCCGUCUCACAUUUAACCAUGAUGGCAGCUCACGAUACGGCCCCAGGACCUAUGGUGUGGCCACAGGCCCCAGGGAUGAGGAUGGCAGGACCCUUUCCAGGGGAUGGUCCCAGGAGGGGCCAGCAAAGUCUUCCACACAGUGCCAGGAAGAGCACAGCAAGACCCCCGAGGAGAGGAUGCCCACUUCUGACCUGGCCGUCAAUGGGGACCUGGCAAAGCCGGCCAGCUCUGAGCCACCUGCUGCUGUUUCCAAGCCCCAGGUCCCCUCAAGUCCAGGCCCUGCCUCAGAAAAUGGAGGCUCUGCCAGCCCAGGCCUCCCCGCUGAAGCCUCAGGCCCAGGCCCCGGCUCUGUCUGUCUUCACUCGCCCGAUGAGAGCUCUGCCUGCCACUCUCAGCUUCCCGGAGCCCAGAGUCCUACAGUUUCCAAGGCUUCUCCCUGCCUGCCUGUGACUCCAGCGUCCCCAAGUGCAGCCCUGCCUGAUGAGGGCCCCUGUCGUACCCCUAGCCUGGGGCUCCCUGCUGAGGGAGCCUCGGAGGCCCCCAGACCCAGCAGCCCUCCCCUUGAGGAGGUCUCGGAGCCCCACAGCCCGGAGCAGCCCCCAGCCUCCUCGCCCCGGCCCCUGCUCGAGGGGGAUGAGUUGCUGGGUCUCGCUCGGACGUUUCCAUCUGGGGAGGAGGAGGCAUCUGCGGGUGACGCAGCCUUCCUCCGCCCCGGCAGCCUGGCUCAGCGCCGGUUCUCUGAGGGAGUGCUCCGGCCACCCGGCCAGGACCAGGAGAAGCUGGGGGGCUCUCUGGCUGCCCUGCCCCAAACUCAGGGGAGCCAGUCGGGCUUGGAUCGUCCCUUUGGGACAGAGUCUAACUGGAGCUUGUCACAGUCUUUCGAAUGGACCUUUCCCACGCGGCCCUCCGGUCUGGGCGUGUGGCGGCUGGACUCCCCACCCCCCUCCCCCAUCACCGAGGCCAGUGAGGCAGCUGAGGCUGCUGAGUCUGGCAACUGGGCCAUGUCCAGCAGGGAGGAAGGCGUGUCCCAGCAGGGGCAAGGGACCAGGUCAGCUCCAGGGGGGCCAGGAAGGCCUAGCUCCUGGGUGCAGGAGGAUGAUUCAGACAUCUCCCCAGCCCAGAAGGGCGAUGGGGAGAGUCAGCCUCAAUCCCCAGCUGUUCCCCUUGAGGCCUUCCCUACACCGGGGGGUGCACCUGCAUCGCCCUUGCUGCAGGCAGAGGAGAGGUGCGAGGAUCGGGAGCCUUUGGCUGGAGAGGAGUCCCCCCUCCCUCUGGCCACCAGGGAGGCAGCCCUGCCCAUCCUGGAGCCGGUCCUGGGGCAGCAGCAGCCAGCACCCCCUGACCAGCCCUGUGUCCUCUUUGCUGACACCCCUGGCCCUGGGCAGGCACUGCCUGUUGAGGAGGAGGCUGUGACCCUAGCCUGGGCUGAGACCACCGAACCCAAGACAGAAGCUCAAGACUCCUAUAGGACGUCUCCCGAGCCUGCAGGCCCGGAAAGCAGCUCUCACUGGCUAGAUGACCUCCUGGCUUCGCCACCGCCCAGCGCUGGCAGCGCAAGGCGGGGAGCUGGAUCUGAGCUGAAGGACGCACAGUCCCCUGGUGCCUGCUCCGAGGGACUCCUUGGCUGGGCCCAGAAGGAUCUGCAGAGUGAAUUUGGGAUCACAGCAGACCCACAUCCCAGUGGUUUCAGUCCUUCCAGCUGGUGCCAAGGUGCUACUCAGGACUAUGGCCUUGGGGGCACAAGCCCUAGAGGAGACCCAGGCCUUGGAGAGAGGGGCUGGGCCAGCAAGUAUGGGCAAGGAGUGGGGGAAGGGAGCACCAGGGAGUGGGCCAGCAGGUGUGGCAUCGGCCAGGAGGAGGUUGAGGUCAGCAGUGGCCAAGACCAGAGUGAAGCGUCUGCCCCUGGGGGGCUCCCGGCCCAGGACCGGGUUGUUGGAAAGCCAGCCCACGUUGGCACUCAGCGGAGCCAGGAGGUAGACGCCCAGGACUGGGAGUUCAGAAGGAGGGAUUCCCAGGGCACUUACUCCAGCCGGGAUGCAGAACUCCAGGACCAGGAAUUCGGGAAGAGAGACUCGCUGGGUACUUACAGCAGUCCAGAUGCAAGCCUUCGGGACUGGAAAUUUGGGAAAAGAGAUUCUCUGGAUGCUUACUCCGGCCAGGAUGACGAUGAGCAGGGCCGGGAAUCGGGGAAGAAGGACCACGUGGGCAGGUUCAGCAGCCAGGAUGCCGAGGAGCAGGGCCGGGAGUUUGAGAAGAGAGAUUCUUCACUGAGCGCCUACGGCAGCCGGGAUGCAGACGCCCAGGACCAGGAGUUUGGGAAGAGUGCUUGGAUGAGGGACUACAGCAGCGGUGGCAGCUCCAGGACCGUCGGCACCCAGGACAGAGGCUUCGGAAUGAGGGCCCUGAGCUCUGGGUUCAGCCCCGAGGAAGCCCAGCAGCAGGAUGAGGAAUUUGAGAAGAAGACUGAGAGUGGGGAAGACAGCCCUGGCGAGGCUGGUGGGGAUGCAGGCCGGCCGGAAGAGAGAGAAUCGGGGGGCUUGUUCAGUUCCAGCACCACCCCGUUGCGGGAGGGGGCACUUGGACACAGAGACCAGAGCACCUGGCAAGCCAGCGACGCCUUCCACGAGGUGGGAGGGCUGCAGGAGAGACAGCAGGCAGGGGCUCAGAGCCCUGGCAAUGCUGACCUGGAAGAUGGAGAUAUGGGGAAGCGAGGCUGGGCUGCUGAGUUCACCCUCGGUGUUGCCCCCCAGCCAGAGGUGGCAUUUAGCCCACGGCAGCAAGACUGGAGUGGGGACAUCUGCGUCGAGGCCCCCGAGAGGAGCUAUCAGUUUGGCAUCAUUGGCAACGACAGAGUGAGUGGUGCUGGCCUGAGCCCUUCCUGCGAGGUGGGAGGUGGUCACUUUGUGCCUCCUGGGAAGACCACGGCCGGGCCCAUGGACUGGACUGAUCAGCUGGGUCUCAGGAACUUGGAAGUGUCCGGCUGUGUGGGUUCUGGGAGCUCAAGUGACACCAGGGAGAAUGCCUUGGGACAGAUGGGCUGGUCAGACAACCUGGGCUUGGGAGACGUGGACCUGGCUAGCCGUUUGGAAAGUGGAAGGUCCGAAGAGCCCAGGGGGAUCGGAGCUGGGGAGAAGGACUGGACUUCUGAUGUUGGGGUGAGGAGGAGAGAUUUGGCUACGGCGGGGGAGGUGGGCCACAGUCCGGCCAGAGGGAGUGGCGUGGGGCAGACCGACUGGUCAGGGGUGGAGGCCCAAGAGUUCCUUUCAUCAAGGGAGCGUGGAGUCGGACAGGCAGACUGGACCCCUGACCUGGGGCUAAGAAACAUGGCCCCGGGGGUAGGCUGCAGCCUCGGAGAGCCCAGAGAGCUGGGGGUGGGCCAGAUGGAGUGGGGCGACAACCUGGGCCUGAGGAAUUUGGAGGUGCCCUGUGACCUGGAGUCUGGAGGUUCCCGGGAGCUGCGGGGAUGUGGAGUGGGGCAGAUGGACUGGGCCCAGGACUUGGGGCCCCGGAACGUGGAGCUUUUUGGGGCCCCGAGUGAAGCCAGGGAGCGUGGGGUGGGAGAGGUCAGCCAGUGCCCAGAGCUUGGCCUUGGGAACAGCAGCGGCUUGUCCCCUGGCCUGGAGGCCAGAGACCCCAUGGUGGCCAGGGAGCUGGGGGUCGGCGAAACGAGUGAGCCAGAGACCCAGGGCAAGGACAGCUCCUUGCCUUAAUUGGAGACUCACCCUGAAGACCCCAGAAUGGAGACAGGAGAAGGCCCCAGCUUUGGAGCCAGCCCUGGUGGGUGCCCAGCCCGCUCCCCGCCCUCUGGCUCCCAGGGCCUGCUGGAGGAGAUGCUGGCCGCCAGCAGCUCCCGGACAGUGGCCCAUAGGGAGUCGGUGACCUCGGGCCUCAGGGUCCAGUUGGAGGAGGAAGGAGCCUCAGCAGGUGCUGACCAAGGGGCGCCUCUGGAGCCUGGCAGGGACCCUCUGCCCUCCUGGAGGCCUCAGCCUGAUGGCGAAGCCAGCCGGACAGAAGAUGUGGACAGCACCUGGGGUCCUUCAGGGGCAGGGAGGGGUGAGCAGGGGCCGGCCUGGACCCCUCGGCGCCCCUCCCAAGGCCCUCUCCCCAGCACCCCCAGUCAGGACUUCUCCUUCAUUGAGGACACUGAGAUCCUCGACAGUGCCAUGUAUCGGAGCCGUGCCAACCUGGGGCGCAAGCGUGGGCACCGAGCCCCUGCCAUCCGGCCUGGAGGUACCCUGGGCCUGUCGGAGGCAGCAGACUCGGACGCACGCCUGUUCCAGGACUCCACGGAGCCACGGGCUUCUCGGGUGCCGUCUUCGGACGAAGAGGUAGCGGAGGAGCCUCAGAGCCGCCGGACGCGGAUGUCCUUGGGUACCAAGGGCCUGAAAGUCAACCUCUUUCCUGGCCUGAGCCCGUCCGCCCUGAAGGCCAAGCUGCGCCCCCGGAACCGCUCAGCUGAGGAGGGGGAGCCAGUGGAGAGCAAGUCCAGCCAGAAAGAGUC